GGAGCAGAUAUUCCCGCACUUCCCUGCACCAUUCUUUCUCUCUCUAUAAAUCUCUACUUCCACAAGAACCUUCUUAUUAUUUUCUCCCUCUACCUGCAACAAUAUCAACUCUACCUUCCCAUUGGCACCUUCUCUGAAGCCUUUUAAUAAUCUCUCUCUCUUUCUCUCUCUAGAACUUGUCUUUCUCUCUCUAGAACUGACAGAAUGAGGCGUGCUGAGAUACUCUCUCUCCUUUUCUUGUGCUCCAUGGCCACAGCCCAAGGUUUGAGUUUGAAUAUGGAGUUGAAGCGUUCUCUCUCUAGGGGAAUCGCUGUGAAGAAAUGGGUGGGUUUUAAAGAGAGAAGAAGAGUUGCAGAAGAAGAGAUUGAUGUUCGAAAGCCAGUUACAGGAAACAGUAGAAAACUCCUGAACAAGAUAAGCUCCAUUCAAUUGGAUUUUGAUCUAACGAGUAAAGUGAGUGAUGAUUCAAAGAGAAAGGAAUUGGGAAAUGGGGGAAUGGAGAGACGUUCUCUCUCUUCAAUGAAGAAGAAAGGAGGAGUUGGGGAGGAAUACCAAAAGUUCUCAUCAAAUGACCCUCUUCCAGAUGACCUUGUCGAUAUUGCAGGAAUGGAUUACUCCCCUGCAAGGAGAAAAACUCCCAUUCACAAUUGAUCUCUCCUAUCCUAAGACACCACACAAUAAACACAACAAAAGAAGGAAAACUAGAGAGAGAAAGUGGGAGAAAACUAGAUAGAGAAAGAGAGGAAAACAAGGCUGGAGGGCAUUAUGUGAACAAAAAUAAGGAAAGAGGGAGGCAUCAAUGCUGCAGUUUUUGAGGGUUGGAUACGCUGGUGUAACAUACUUAUUUCUUGUUAUUGUUAUCAUAAUACUCUUUGUAUUUAAUAGAAUCAUAUUGUAUUUAAUAAGUUUGAUUUUGAUUGAAUGUAACGUUACUUGAGAGCCC